AUGGCGCCUUUUCACAUCCGCAAGUACCAGGAGAGCGACCGCCCACGUGUCCUGGACCUGUUUUCCAAGGGCGCAGCCGAGCAUGCGCCCAUCACCUUCCGCCACCUCCUGAGGCUGCCACAGGCUCUUGUGCCCUUGCUUGGGGGGCCCCUGGCCCUGCUUCUGGUCUCUGGAUCCUGGCUUCUGGCCCUGGUGGCCGGCCUCGCCCUCCUGGCCGCCCUGAGGGUCCUGGCCAAAUACCCCUGGAGCCAGUAUGUGUCCAACUGUUUGCGCACAGACAUGUGUGACAUCAGCAAAACCUACCUGAGCGCGCCGGGCUCCUGCUUCUGGGUGGCCGAGUGUGAGGGGCAGGUGGUGGGCACGGUGGCAGCUCUGCCCGUUGGGGGGCCCGGCCUGCGGAAGGAACAGCUGGAGCUAUUCCGCUUGAGCGUGUCCUGGGAGCACCGGGGCCAGGGGAUCGCCAGAGCCCUGGUCAGGACUGUCCUGCAGUUUGCGCGGGACCAGGGCUGCAGCGAGGUGGUCCUCAGCACCAGCAUGCUGCAGUACUCCGCCCUGGCCCUCUACCAGAGCAUGGGCUUCCGCAAGACCGGCCAGCACUUCCCCGCCAUGAUUAACAGGAUAACUGCUAUUCACAUAGUUCAUUUAACCUACCUGCUCCCCUCGGCUCAGGACUCUGAGGCGCCAGGGCAGUGA